GAUUUGCCUGAGUUUUUUGAAGACACUAUGUCCGAAUGGAUGUUGAUCCAUUGUCAAAUUCUUCAGUUGGAUCCUUGCACCACCCAACUUGUUAAUGCAAGUGCCUCUGUCGUGUCAGAAAGUGGAAUCGCUUCGGGCUUUGGAGGUAGCGAGGAAGCUGGUUGCCUUGUAGAGCAUGUCAAAUCGCAAGUCUGCGACAAUAUUGGCUUAUAUGCUAGCAAGUACGAAGAAGAGUUUACCCCCUUUUUAUCCGGUUUCGUCACAGAUGUCUGGCAAAUGCUGCUCACUACUAGUCAAGAAACUCGGUUCGAUAUGCUUGUUGGAAAUGCCAUUGAAUUUCUCAGCUCUGUGGUCGCACGGCCUCAACAUCGACACCUCUUUGAGUCACCAGAGACUCUUCAAAGUCUUUGUGAGAAGGUCAUCUUACCCAAUAUGCAUCUUAGAGUAAAUAUGAAGCUCCCAUGA